AUGUUUAUUGAUCAUGCCUAUGAUUUGUUCAAAGAUUUCGCCACGAUCGGCUUUGCGCUCAACAUCGUUUCCGAUUUUUGGACUCUCAACGAAGCUUAUGUUGGUCAUUUUCUCAAUUCAACAUUGAGGGGAAAAAUGUUUCGAAUGAUCAUCAAAUCGAGCAAUCUCGAUGCCAAAGAGAACCUCCUCUUUAAGGCUUCGUCAAGAAAAGAAAAAUCCACUCUAAAGAUCACGAAAUUU